AUGGUGAAAUACCAAAGAAAAAACCUGUAUUUGCUGUGGAAGAACAAAGAGCACCUUGUUGGUGAAGAUGAAGAGUCUGGCACUGGCCCUUUUGAGUUAAUCUGCAAAACCUCUGUUUUUAGCAGGAAAAUGGCAAAGCCCCAGUUUUUUUAUCUUGUUUUUCUCUCUCUGGCCUGUUGCUACUUGUUCUUGCCAUCGUUGCUUUAUUUUUUUGGCGUUAGCGGAGAUGGCUUUGGGGCUGAGGCUGGUGUGAACGGUUUGCUAUGUUCUUCUGUUCCUAAUGGCACCUUAUGUUGUGACCGAAGGAGCAGAAGAUCAGACGUAUGCGUAAUGAAAGGCGACGUGCGAACCCACUCCCCAUCUUCCUCCAUCACGCUCUACGAAUCCAACGGCCCGGAUGAUCCCAUCCCCUCUAAAUCCGGUGGGCCCAAUUCCGGCCCGGUCCGCAGGGAGAAAAUCCGGCCCUACACUCGAAAAUGGGAAACCGGCGUGAUGAACAAGAUCGGCGAACUGGACCUCGUCGUCCGAGGAAAAUCAGGCCGGGCCCACCAUAAGUGUGACGUCAUCCACGAUGUCCCGGCCGUGUUCUUCUCUACCGGAGGGUACACGGGUAAUCUCUACCACGAGUUCAACGAUGGGAUUGUGCCUUUAUACAUCACCUCCCAAAAGUUCGACAAGAGGGUCGUUUUCGUCAUUCUCGAGUACCACGAUUGGUGGAUCAUGAAGUACGGCGACGUUCUCUCUCAACUCUCCGAUUUCCCGCCGGUCGAUUUCAACGGCGACAAACGAGUCCAUUGCUUCCCGGAGGCCGUCGUCGGUUUACGGAUCCACGACGAGCUCACGAUCGACCCUCUCAAAAUGGAAGGCAAUAAAACGAUCGUCGACUUUCACGAGCUUCUGGGCCGGGCCUAUUGGCCGCGCAUCAAGGGUUUGAUCGACCACGAGGCCCGGUCAAAGUCAAACACUUCGGUCAACUCGAAAGUAGAAACCCGUGAUUUGACCAAACCGAAACUCGUGAUUAUUUCUAGAAACGGGUCGAGGGCAAUCAUGAACGAGGGCGAGUUGGUUCGGGCCGCGGAGGAUAUCGGGUUUAAAGUCGAGGUCAUCCGGCCCGUAAGGACGACCGAGCUUGCAAAGACUUUUCGGGCCCUUAACUCAUGCGACGUUGUGGUUGGGGUCCAUGGGGCCGCCAUGGCCCACUUCCUCUUCAUGAACCCGGGCUCGGUUUUUAUACAAGUCGUGCCAUUGGGUACGGAUUGGGCUGCGGAUAAUUGUUACGCUGGGCCUACCGUGAAAUUUGGUUUGAAGUACAUUGGGUAUAAGAUCCACCCAAAAGAGAGCUCGUUGUACGAUGAGUAUAGUGAGAAAGACCCGGUUUUGAACGACCCGGAGAGCAUUAACAGUAAAGGGUGGGAGUAUACGAAGAGGAUCUACUUAAACGGUCAAACCGUGAGGUUGGACCUUAGGAGGUUCGGGAAAAGGUUGCUUCGUGCGUAUUAUUACGCGUUGGCUCGGAAGAGCGGACGACAUUUAGGUCGUCAUUUAGGUUGA